GGCGGCGGCGGCGGUGGCCCGCGGUACAGCCUGCUGGCCGAGAUCGGCCGCGGCGCCUACGGCGUGGUGUACGAGGCGGUGUCGGGCCGCAGCGGCGCCCGGCUGGCGGUGAAGCGGAUCCGCUGCGACGCUCCCGAGAACGUGGAGCUGGCGCUGGCCGAGUUCUGGGCCCUGACGAGCCUCCGGCGGCAGCACCCCAACGUGGUGCGGUUCGAGGAGUGCGUUCUGCAGCGGCACGGCCUGGGGCAGCGCAUGAGCCACGGCAACAAGCGCAGCCAGCUCUACCUGCGCCUCGUCGAGACCUCCCUCAAAGGUGAGAGGAUCCUGGGCUAUGCAGAGGAGCCUUGCUACCUGUGGUUCGUCAUGGAGUUCUGCGAAGGGGGAGACCUCAACCAGUACGUGCUGUCCCGAAGGCCUGACCCRGCCACCAACAAGAGCUUCAUGCUGCAGCUGACCAGCGCCAUUGCCUUCCUGCACAAGAACCACAUUGUCCACCGGGACCUGAAACCAGACAACAUCCUGAUAACUGAGAAAUCUGGCACCCCUGUGCUCAARGUGGCCGACUUCGGGCUGAGCAAGGUCUGCGCUGGCCUGACCGCUCGGGGCAAGGAGGGUGCGCACGAGAACAAAAAUGUGAAUGUGAACAAGUACUGGCUGUCCUCGGCCUGUGGCUCUGAUUUCUACAUGGCCCCCGAGGUCUGGGAGGGACACUACACUGCCAAGGCUGACAUCUUUGCCCUCGGCAUCAUCAUCUGGGCCAUGAUUGAGAGGAUCACUUUCAUUGAUGCCGAGACCAAAAAGGAGCUGCUGGGGACUUACAUCAAGCAGGGGACCGAGAUUGUGCCCGUGGGGGAAGCGCUGCUAGAAAACCCAAAGAUGGAGCUGCACAUCCCUCAGAAACGCAGGACUUCCAUGUCUGAGGGGAUCAAGCAGCUCUUGAAAGACAUGUUGGCUGCUAACCCGCAGGAUCGACCUGAUGCCUUUGAGCUUGAAACCAGAAUGGACCAGGUUACAUGUGCUGCUUAAAUUCAGGGCAGGGCACUGCUGUGCUUUGCAGCUGGGUUUAUUUACCAGGGACCCAUAAUCUCCAUUAUUUACGUGCAACAAGGAAGUCGAAGAUAAGGGAAGACGAUGAUACAGAAGAUCCCCGAUCUGCAGGAUCUUGGGCAAUGUGAAAUCUUUGGGUGUUACUUUUUUGUGUUAGGAAGGGGUGUUGUGGGGGUGUGGGAGGGGGCUGCAGGGGCCUGUGRAAGAACACAAGCUGGCAGCUGUCAYGCUCAUGAGACUUUGAAACAACAUCCAGAGAGCAGAGCUGCCCUUGCCCAGCCCUCCCCAUGUCUCCUGUGCUGCCGUUUGACUCAGUAGAUGUUUCUAGAGAUGUGGUUCCAUAAGGUGGGAAUCAGCAGCCUGAUGGUGAGGUGUGCUGCCAGGUUCCAGUUCUGAGUUCAGUUUGGCACAGUUUUGGGUUCAAAGCUAUUGAUUUUGCCUAGGGAAGCAAAGUGGUGGCUAGGUUUGCAUCAGGAGUGCAGUGCUUUAGGAAAAACGAAUCUCUUGGACCACAUGUUGCAUAAAUAACUUCAUAGCCAAGCAGCUCCUGAAUAGGUGGUGCUGCCCAGGCUGUGAGCAGUUGGCAUUAGGAUAGAGUAGGAGAAACAAGCUGGAAAGCCAUUUGGCAAAGCAGGUCUUCCCAAGCUGGAUUUCAGUAUCAUCUUUGUUAUUGUCUUUCUAUACAGAGGGAACUGGGAAGCUGCUGAGUACAUUUUCWGAUCAACAUCAUCUGAGUACAAGAGAAAAACAGAAAACAGUCCAUGGCUCUGAUCCAUUUUAUGCCAAAUGUCAGUUGAUAGGAACAAUGCUGUAGAGAGAAGGAGGUUUGGCCUUAAUGGCUCAUGGGCUGGAUUCUAGCCUCCCACAGGACACUUUUCCCUUCUAGCURAUGAUCUCCAGGAAGCAAAAGGCAAUGCUGCUGUUCAGGGUGGGUUACAAUACAACACAGGAGAUUGGAACCUCAGGCUGAGCAGUUAAUACUCUAUUUCCUUGCUUAUAUUUAAAGCAAAACUCCUAUUGUGGGGCUGCCCUGUGUUGAUGAUCUUUUGACUUUGCUCACUGUAAAUGCAAUGUAAAGCACCACCUCUUCUCACCCUGCAGCUUCUGAACCACCUUGAACGUUUUCUCAGCAGGUGAAAUCAGCCAGCAGUGGUUUGGGAAAUGGGCUGGUCUGACCCAGCAUCACUCCAGAGCUGCUGGGAUGCUCAGUCUGGAGCUGGCCAUAGCCACRGGCAGGAGAGGGUGCCCUUGUUCCUGGGUAUGGGGAUUGCUSCUUGCCUGCAGUUUUCCUCUGCCAUCACUGGAAAGGUUCCUAACUUGCAGCAGCUCCAUGUAUCUCAUGUAUCUAUUUUGCUGACCACACAGGAAUGACUAGAAAUGGAGGAAAUUCAGGUGGGCUGGGGAGAGCUAGAACAGGAAAAGGAUGGAGGGGCUUCUUUCUACUUUUCCAGGACACAAAGCUGAAGCUGUGGCUGCAGGAAGGCCUGGUCCUCUCAGGAGGACCAGGAGGCUUUAGACCAGCUGUCUGUGACUUGUGAAGGUUUGGACAGCACAAAUGCAGCACCAAGCCCUUGUUUUCACACUACUCUUGUCUUUGUCCCUAGGGAUGCUUCUGUGGGCUGCAGCUGGGUGGGAUUCCUGCAGCUUCCUGUGCUGCAUCCCACAGGAAAGGGAGAGUGAACCCUGUAGCUCACAAGUGCAGUGUUAGUGCCCUGAUCAUUGGACCAUCCUUCCUCCACCUGGCAGAGCCUUUGCUCCUGACUGUUACAGCUGUUCUAACUGAACCCUGGCCUGAAUGAGUGGAGUAAGAGGGCUUUGUCCUCCCAGCCCUGGWUUUCCCUGCUGGAAAGGCACUUCAGCAGGCAUCACUUUGCAGUUGAAGGGAGCUUCCUAGCAGGAGGAAUACCAAGUCUGAUAGGCAGGAGGUGAAGCUGGAAGGUAGUGAGUGGGUUGUUCUGCUCCUCUCGAGACAGGAGCAAGUCCAGCAGGCCCUGGGAGGGUCAGCCCUCUUGGUCCAGUGGUGUUUCAGGCCAUCUUCAAACCACACGUCUCCACCUCAGCUUUUGCAUUGCAGAUGUGUUUUUCAAGCAGCUUGAUGUUAGUGAGCUAGACCGUAGUGCCUUACUUAGGAUUUAGCAAACACUUCCAAGGAGGAGUCCUAAGGCUGCUAGCCUUUGGCCAACGUGGAUGUUUCCCUGAUUAGUUUGUACUUUUAAAAGCAUUUCUCUCUGAUGAUUUUGCUGCUGUUUGUGCUCAACUCCCCAGACUAUACAGGAACCUGCCUCGUGUUUACAGCUCCCCACAUCUCUCCUCCAGUUACUUUGGUCUAGACCAGCACUCCCUGUAGAACAAGAUGGGAACGGGGAACAGCUCAAACCUGCAUAUGCUGUGGGAUGGAGAAUGUGUAGGCUUCUCUUCCCAGGUGGGUCUAUUGGGCCUCACCUGCCCAGCUCCUGCAGGCCAGACUUCCUCUGCUGUGGAUGUUUGGCACUAGGAUGUGCYGCUGGGAAAAUCCAAGCUUAAGAAAGCGGCACCAAGCCUGUGGCCCAUUUCCCAGCCCAGGGCCACACUGUCUCUGUCUUUUCCUGGCUGCAGUGAAGCUGAGCAUCCAGGUGCUGGAGGUAGCUGGUUAGUGUGGGGGGAGCCAAGCCCUCCUUGCAGAACUCUCCAGGCUCACGUGGCCCCAGAUGGUGCCCAUGCCAGGGGAACGAUUGUAUGAAACUGUUUACUUCUGAUUUUGCUGUUUACAAGAGGGAUGUGGGGUGGGUGGGGGGAACAAGCCAAGCCUCAGGAGGAUUGGGAAACGUGUUAUCUGCACCAGCCUGCAGCAAGGCCAACACCACCGGCAUCAUGCAGGUGUCACGGGGAUCUCCCGGCCAGCUUUGGUCCAUGGGGAGGAAAGCAGAGGUGGCUCUAGCCUAGAGGGGUUAGAUUAGCUCCCCUAUGUCCCCUUGCUGCUGUGUUUGAGGUUCAGCAGUGCUAGUGACAGAUAAGAGUUACCCCUGUGGUCUUCCUUUACUCCUCAGGACCCAGCUCCUUCACAUAUCACAGGCUCCCAGAGCCUUUUUGGAGCAAUAAGAUGUAAAACAAGCAUUACCAUCGUUGUGGAAAUCCUCCGUUGUGUGCAGUGUCUGUCUCCUCCAUAUGCAGUACGAGUCUGGGUUUAAGCCUGCCAAGGUCACAGGGCAGCUGCUUCAGGGCACAAACUGGGAUUYGUUUCCCUGGGCUUUCUGCAGGUCAGGAGAACAGGGAAACGCUGCUGCUUUCCUUCCUUACCCCAGGCCUGUGCUGCCCAAGCCUCACACUACAGCUGGCCGGGGCAAGGGUGCUCCUGGUCCCCUUUUUGGUGAUGCUGGCAGGGGAUGGGUGUGUGGGGCUCAGCACCGUGCUCCACUCCUCACAGCCCCCAUCCCAUCAGCCAGGGCAGCACUGGGAAAGCAGAGCCCCCGUUCCCUUGGCACUGGGACACAGAUGAUGCUUGUGCCACUGGCGUGGGAAGAGUGCCAGUGGCUCCUGUGCUCCUUAGCUGGUUACAGGCACAUCCCAGCGUGUGGCCCUUCAUGUCCAGGCACAUUUCACACUUCACAGCAGGGUGUCUGGGKUGGUGGGUGUAGCUGGAAGUGCAGGGAGCUGCUCUCUUCCAGCUGUGAUCUGCCAGAUCAUUUCUCUGCAGCCUGCCCAAAUGCUUUUAGCCCUGAGAGUGUGUCUAGGCUGCUGGAAGAGCUCACAGGGGCCACAUGGGAGUGCCUGGUGUCCCAUCCUGGUUCCUGUUCCCUUCACAGCAGCUGCCCAGUCCAGCACAGGCCUCCAGCUCGCUCACCCAGUAGAACACGGCAGCUUUGCAGGGUGAGCUGCUUUGCUACCACACCACCGGGGUGCUGGRUGAGCCCCAGGACAGGGGCACCCUGCCCCAGCCCUGCUGUGGGCUCACCUUGCUCCCACAGCCCCUGUGCUGAGCUAGCAAGAGCAGAAGGCUUAAACCCAGACUCUAAAUAAAGAUAAUAUUAGUUAAUGAAUCUGUAUUUUUUUUUUGCACAGAAGCUGGUAAUCUAGGACCUACAUGUGAACAACUUUAUAUAAGUAUUUUUUGUACUUGGUUUACUUGGGUUGRUAUGAAACGUUCUAUUUAAGUUCUUUGAACACUGUGGAUCCCCUGAUGUGUAUGAAUGGCAGAGGCUUUGUAAAUUAAGGGACGUUUGUGUGAAUAAAGCUAUUUGAUGGGGUUGAAAA